AUGGGCAAGAAGGGCAACUCGGCGGGCAAAGCAGCAGCAAAGGCAGCCAAGCGAGACAAGCAGGAGAAGCUAGCAUCACGAAAGGCCAACAAGGAUGACAAGAAGAAGAAUGCUCGAGCACCUCCACCAACCACAAAGGCAAAGGGAAAAGGCAAGAAAGCUGCAGCUCCGGCAGAGGAAGAGGACCUCGAUGCGCUGCUUAAGCAAUUCGACAAAGAGUGGCAAGAGGCUCACGCAGUAAAUGAAGAGACCGUAGGAGGUCCGCCCACGAGGAGAGCGAACGCCACUCUUACGCCUUGUCCUGGAGGCAACGAUCUCUGGCUCUUUGGCGGAGAAUACUUCGACGGCGAUCGAGCUACCUUCUACGCAGACCUCUACCGAUACACUCCCCCCACCACGCUUCCAUCUCGCUCAUUGAUCACCCAAGAAGACGGUACCACAGCAGCAGACCCGUCAUUAUCAUCGUCUUCGAAUGCCGCCGCUGGCACUUGGCGCCUCUACUCGUCACCAAACCAGCCCGGUCCGCGUAGUGCCCACCAAGUCGUCGCAGAUCCUCGCGCCGGUGGCUUGCUCUGGCUCUUCGGCGGCGAAUUUGCUUCACCAAAGCAGACUUCAUUCCAUCACUAUCGCGACCUCUGGGUCUUCUCCAUAAGCUCAAAGACGUGGGAGCGCGUAGACACUAAGACGAGGCCCAGCGCCAGAAGUGGUCACCGCAUGGCCCUCUGGCGUCAAUACCUCGUCCUCUUUGGAGGCUUCGUCGAUACAGGUGCUAGGACAACGUACCUUCAAGACUUGUGGCUCUUUGAUACGAGUCAGUACAAAUGGUUCGAGAUUUCUCAGAAUGAUCUCAAGAGACCACCAGCCAGAUCCGGCUUCUCCCUCAUCUCUACGCCCGAAGGCGUCAUACUUCAUGGUGGUUACUGCAAGCGCUACGUCAAGGGCCAGAGAACGCAAGGUGUCGCCCUCGAGGACACCUGGAUGCUCAAGCUCACACCGCAGGCCGAUGGCUCACUCCUGCCAGCUAACACGGCCCAAGGCGGCAAGAUCGAAUGGGAGAAGAGGCGCAAAAUAGGCUACGCACCUGGCGCUCGCUCUGGCUGUACCAUGGCCCUGUGGGGAAACAAGAGCAUGGGCGUCCUCUUUGGUGGCGUUAUGGACCGCGAAGACGACGAGGAGAGCAUGGAGAGCGUCCUCUUUAACGACUUGUUCGGCUACAACAUCCCUGGCGCGGGGCGAUGGAUCUCGCUCAAUCUUCGCAAAAAGAAGAAGCAACAGGCCGCGGGCGGGAAGAAGAAGAGGGAGAAGGCAGCAGCAGCCGCUGCUGCAGCUGCGGCCAAGACUGCAGAGAUUGAGGCGCGAGAGCGUGAAAAGGAGGAAGAGGAGCGACAGCUCGAGCACGAUGACAGUGACAGCGGCAGCGAAAGCGGGAGCGACAAGGACGGGGCUGAACGCGGCGAGCAAGGCCGAGAAGGGGAAGGCAGAGAAAAGACAACCGAGGUGCAAAAUGGCACCAUCACCGGCGCUGGCGGCGCCGCUAGAGCAGCGCCUGUCGUGGCGCCCGCAGACUUCGAUGAAGACGACCCAGAGCUCACACGGCCCUACACGCGCUUCAACACCAUGCUUGCAAUCCAACGCAACACGCUCUACCUCUAUGGCGGCAUCCACGAGACGGCAGAGAGAGAGUAUACACUCGACGAUUUCCACGUCUUGCAGCUCGACAAGCUGGAGCGCUGGAUCAGUCUGCGUGACUGCAAGAUCGAGGGCCUCGAAUGGAACGAGAGCGACGAGGAGAGCGAAGAUGAAAAUGACAGCGACGACAGUGAAAGUGAGUCAUCCUCGUCAGACGAAGACGGAGGGGCGCAAGAGGGCGUCGAGGUGGCUUCUCUUCACUCCCACUCAGAAGACGAGGAGGCCGACGAGCAGCUUGACUCAGCGCAAGCUGAAGAGCGUCGUCGUGAGAGAGAGGCCAUCAAGCGGAAAGCCAAGGCGGCCUGGGGCGUCGUCAAGGGUAGUGGAGCAGGCGCUGGAUCGGAGGGCGAGGCGGUGAAUAGCGAAGACCGCAAGUCGACGCCGAACCCUGGCGAGACGCUGCGCAUGUUCUUUGAUCGUACGCGCGACUUCUGGUCCAGCCGCGCUUUCGAGGUGACGCGAGGCGAGGCGAGGGGCAAGGAGAUGAGGACAAAGGGCUUCGAGCUGGCAGAGGCGCGCUAUGAGGAGUACAAGCCGGUACUGAGGGAGGUGGAGAAGAUCCAGGCAGAGGCUGGGCUUGACGAAGCCGAUAUGAGGGCGGCGGCGCAGAGGGCAGCACAUGGGCCCUUGGGUGGUGGCUCGCAAAGGCAGCAGCUUGAGAUGCGGGCAGAGGCUGUAUCGGUCUGGCAUCCUGGGAAGCCCAUCUCAGGGACUGCCGUGGUAGUCAGCAAUCAGUGUGAAGCCCUUGUCGGCCUCGACAUUCGCACCUUGAUCUUUUGGGCAACGUCGCACAGUCGCUCUUUUGUUCAGUUUCUUCCACUCCAAGACUUCCGUCAAGAUGGUGCCCAUGACGACGAGAUUGCACCUGAGGCAUGCAUCAUCGAGAGCAAUACCUUUGCAUCUCGCGGGACGUACAUCUGUCUCAUCCUCGUCACCAUCAUGCUGCCGCUUAGCAUCAACGGCGUCGGAUACGUCCAAGGCAGCUGCCCAGAUGAAGCGCUUCUGGAAGCAUGUGGCGCUUCACUCGGAGCCAUCGUCCCAUCAUGA